UAAGAUUUAUUAUUUGAAGUAAUUAUUAAAAUGUCGUUGAUUAGAUUAUGCGAUUUUUUCCUGCGUUAAGUGCGUCGGUGAACUGGGUGACAUUGAAUUUUUAAUUUAGGCCGUAUACAGCGAUUUCCUUUUUUAUUUUUCUUAUUUUGGUCGCUCUCAUUCUGUUACGUAUAAUGCACAUAAAAAGUGGUUAAUUAGAGUUAGGUAGAGAAGUAAGUUAAGUAGAUCAAUAAUGUUUUGUAAGUACUGUAUUAUAGAUAUCUACCGAAAAACUGGUUUUGCAACUAGUUUUAUUGAUAACACUUUCCUCAUUAGUUGAAAGUAUUUCAUUUAAUCUAGAAUUAAAAGUAUUAAUACUUAGAGUGGUUAUAUUUUGUGGGUGCAGUUGUAGUUUUUUAUUAUCAUUACUUAUUAAUACUUUGAUAUAAAUGCGGAGUCUAAUGUCCCGUAUUUGUAACAAGAUUGUUUUUGGAAAAGUAUGCGUAGGUAUUUUUUCUAAAACUAUCGGCUCAAAUAAUUGGGUUAGGUUACAACGGGCCUAAGAUUUUCUACGAGUGAUUUUCGACUUUAAUACAGGUUACAGUCGUCAACGUACGAAAAAAGUACAAAAAUAGUUUAAAUUACACGUAAAAAAUGUUUACGUGUGUAAUUGCAUAUCUAAUGUUCUUAAAAAAACGUAAUAUUAUCGUCUAAUCAUAUUUUUUUGUAACAUUAUCCAAAAUGAUAAAGUAGUACGAUGCAGCCAUCUAAUCAUUGUGCGUGCCUAACGCUGAUUAGAUAACCCUGCAAGAAUUUUGUAAGCUCUAUGGCAAUACAGGUGGUGUCUAAAACGUAUAGACAAUAAUAGAACUAAAGAGCAAAUCUGUAAAGGAAUUAUUUGAAACGUCAUAAAUUAGCAGCUAUCUACCUGUCACAAUAUUCAUAGUGGCCGUUUAUAUCAACUUUAAAAAAAUAAAAACUGUCAAGUAAACAACAUUCUUAUUUUGAAAAUAAAAAACUAAAUUCAAAAUAACGAAGUAGGUAUUCCGAUCGAGACACUUGAUAAAUUUAAUUCGAAACUCAAAUAACUUGAUAGCUUGCAACACUGAACUAUGAACUGUAUGCUAAUAUUUGUUUGGCACGCAAUACACCGGAAUUUUUACUUUCAAUUUAAAUUCUCUAGAACAGGAAAUACCAUUGAGUCGCCUCCAAAAAGUUUGUUGCACUUAUUUUUUGUCGCGGAUAAAGAACUUUUUGUAAAUAAACAUUUUGAUUUGGUUUUUUUUUGCUUAGAUUCAUAUCUAGUUGUUAGAGUUGUUAGUUAAUUCUGUUCAUGUUUUUAGCUGUUUGUUUUGUGAUGUUGUCUCAGCAGUUUGCUUGAAUACAAUAAAAAUAGCUUGAGCAUUUUCAUUUAAUUUAUAGAAUAUUCUUUAGAACUAUUUUACGAAGCGCCCUUAUAUAGAAACUUAUUAAGCCUUAUUGAAUGACAAAAAUCUUCGCCGGACUGACAGUUUACAGAGUACAAAAAAGCUUCGUUUUAUAAGAUUUUCUUUUCGCGUACUAAAAAUUCGAAGACGCAAGGGUUUUAUUUAGAAAAGCAUGAUACAAAAAUCUAUUCUAUAUGUUGAAAAUAGUUUUACAAAAAAAUUAAACAAAAUCUUCAGCCAAGCGCAAUCUUUAUGUUACAAGUACCUUAUAUUAACAUGACGUAAACAAUCCAACCUUAUUUAAUAUCAAAUCAAUAAUUUACAUGUUAAAAUGUGGGCCAAGUUCUUUGAGAUAAAUCUUGGGCCAACGUGUCGAAAUAUUUCAAUGUCAACUUUGAAGCCCUAAAUAGGAUUUCCAAAAUUUUAUUCAAUUCUCUAUUUAUUCAAAUAAGGUAACUACGUUUGUAACCUUUUUACGACAAAAACAUACGACCUCUUUUGACGAAAUUAGUAGCCACUGUAGCCAUUACAGUUUUAAAUAUUAGUAAACAAAGAUAUCUUGUAUGAGGCUUUAGUGUCUGAAACAUUUUCACCAAGAUACAAAUUUACUCGAAAUUAUAAAGUAAACGAAGUAUUAUUUGUUAUCAGAAUAAAAAAUAUCUCCUCUAAUAUCAACUUGAAAAUUCAUAAAAACUUACGUUUUUCAUUGACGUUUUCUUAAGUAAAUAUUAUUCACGUUCUGACAAUAUUUGCCAUAUUUAUUAAGAUGUAUUAUGCAACUUGUUUUUGAAGACUAACACAAUCAUAAUAUUCAGUUUCCAAUGAAUUUCGUACAGCAAAAAAAGUCUUACUGACAGAUCGGAAUACAAAUGAAAAAAAAAAAAAAGUCAGACGAGUACUUAACUGCGUAGAGCGAGUUCUCUCCUCAGCUAAAACCUUCUCAAUUUAAAUUUCAUAGUAGGCCUUUUAGUUCAAAUAUUUACCUAAUGUACCUAUAUAACUGUAUGUGUAAUAUUUUACACACAAAUUAUGCGUAACGCACAUCCCGUAUCCAAAUACUACACGGUAUCACUCACGUGGCCUUGUCAAACGGUCCGAUAAGGGAACUGUGUGUCGAAUUUGUUAUUGUUCCUUCAAACCAUUGCACAUCGUUAGAUAAAUUCGUGUUUUAUUAGAAGUAUUGAGGUGAUUCGUAAACAAAAUUAUAAAAAAGCUGCGUUUUAAAUGACUCUACAUUUAUCGUAAGACUUAGAGAGGAUAGGGUAAUGUUGAGAAUAGAAUAAAAAAACAAUUAUUUAGAAUAGUUGUUUUUAUUUUUGAAAUAAAAUACAUUUUUUUUAAUUUCGAAAUGUAUUACUCUUCGCUAUAAACUUUAGGUUACAAAAAAAUGAUAACGUCCGUCAUAUAUCACUCCUGUCAUGAAAACUAUUUUAAAAAGUUAAGUUAGGUUUAAAAAAUAAUAACGUCGCUUUUUCAUUAAACGCACCUUUUUAUCCAGUCAAUAAAUUAUUAAAGUAUAAUAUAUUCAGGAAAAUCGUAUCGUCUAAUUACUAUUGACUCAGGAAAAUAUAGGGCGCGUAGGUUUAUCCCAAAACGCAUUACUUAUUUAAUUUUAUUGUCAUUAUUAACGUAUGACUGUUUUUGGGUAAACCAGCCACAGAGGAUACGCAAUUGCUAAAAAUAAAAGCACGUCAAAGACAUUUUAAUCUGCUCGAAUUAAGUUAUUUUUUCAAAAUGAUAGUCGAAAGUGACAGGUCAAGUGGCAGUCAUUAAAAAAAUGAGUUUCAUAAAUCCCAUAAAAAUAUUCGUGAAAUAAGAGGUUACAAAGAAAAGAAGGAAGCUUUCGGUAUCAUUGCAGUAUGUAUGAAAACAAAAAAGAGUUUUUUACUUAAUUAUUUUAUAUCAGUUUCAUUCUGUAAAUGCUAUGACUCUUACCCUCAUAUUUUGAGUAACGUAUAAUGUUUUAUGACAAAUACCUAAAACAAUUCUUCUUAUAUCUAUAAGCAUGUUUAUGUGCGCAUGUAUCUAUGUAUAGGUUAUACAAUGCAUGUGAAGUAAUGCGGUACGAAGCUCUGUGUUGUCAAUGUGUGUCGAAGCAUGUAAUUAGCAUAAAUGUCUAAAAGACAAUUAUUAAUUAAUAACAUUUUGCUCCACAUGUCCAAACCAAAGGCUGUUUAAGAAAUGAAGAGGUAAGAUUCAUGUUUUGUUUUAAAAAUACGUCAAAUAAGUCGUAGGUUAAAGAAAGCUGAAAUUACUCAGUUUAACUAAGGUGAAUUACUGAUUUUCAAUGAAUACACCCUGUGAUUAUUAAAUAUUGAUUUUAGUAAAAUGUUUCUUAUUAUAUUAUUAUAAUAAUAAGCCGAUGAUGAAAAGAUCGGUCGAAGGCGUACAUUGAUGCUCUUAAAAUAAAUUAAAAUAUGGCUAAAACAUUUAUAAUGUUAAAAGAUUUUUUCAUCAUAACACGUUAAUAAUGCUGAGCAACUAUAAAAUAACAACAGUUUAAUAAAUUUGAACCUACCCAAGUAGAGCCACCUCCAGGAAAUAUUUAGUCGUAGGCGGGGUUUUCCUUAAAUUGUUUAGCAUGGAUUUUAUACCACAUUGUUCUUUGGCUUGCUGUUGCAGUACUGUUUGCCUAUCUAUGUACGUUUACAUACAGUUUAGAAUUCUUAACACAUGGCAACAGGUUUUUAUCUCUAGUCACUAAAAUAAAUAGAUAAUGUUCAUGCCUACUUUACAAUAUUCUUCAAUUAAAACGAACUAGACUAGAUUUUGGUUUAUAAAAUAUUUAAAACGUAUGAUUUAGCAAUCUAUGAAAAAUAAUUACAACAAGAAACGUUGGAUAAGUAUUAAAUAUAGUGAUGUAAAUCAACACACGUAGAGCUGUACAAUUCUGUGUAUGUGAUGUCAAUAGCCUGCAAACAUAAUACAGCGACUAGAUGUAUCAAACUAGACAAUGUAGAGACAAUGUAACUAGACGCGUCGCCUAUUCUAAACUCUACGCAGCGCGUAUGUGUGCGGUAUGUGAUCAAGAAAAAUUUACGAAUGCGGCAGUGAGGCGUCGCGUUUGCAGAAUCGGCUGCAUCACGAGGGCCCCGAGGGGCGCCGCUCUAGCCGUCUUUUUUUCAUUUUGCGUGCGUCUUUUUUUGGCAGCGCGCGUUAGCCUUGGAUUUUUUCAUAGCGAAGCGCUGCACGUACGCGCGCAAGUUUCGGAUAGUCGUAGAGCGUCCCCCACUCGGCGCGUCCGAAUUUUCUGCAUUCGGCCGGCGUGAAGAGUUUUCGGCGGUCGCAUUCGCGAGCGAGGCUCCCCACGACUAGGAGCGAAGCGCGCACCGACACACACGGGCUGCGGACGGAGCGGCGCGAGCGCAAACGCGCCAUGCAAUAUGCGGAAGUGAUCGCGACCACGACCGAACGGUGCUAAACUAAACGAGUGUAACUCAAGUGUAGUGAACGCACAUUCAGUGAUACAAACUAUGGUAUUUGUGCAUGGCUCUGUAGAGAUCUAAUGGUUUUCUAUUAACGAUACAAGGACUGUGGAAUUUGCGACAUGGAAUCGAGGGCAGGUAUACGAGGCGGCCCGGGCAUGGACUCCCAGCAGCAGCAGUACUGCCUCAAAUGGAACAGCUUCGGGUCAAACCUGGCCACAUCGUUCGCAAAUCUCUGGAACUCCGAGAGUCUUGCCGACGUUACUCUGUACUGCGAAGGACGCCAAUUCAAAGCGCACAAGGUGAUCCUAGCUGCGUGCAGUAAACAUUUCCAGGAGUUGUUCGACACCGCGCCGCCGAGCCAUGCUGGCGCGUGCUAUGUCAUCCUGGAAGCCACCACGGCUGACAACAUGCAAGCCCUCCUAGAAUUUAUGUACAAGGGCGAGGUGCACGUCAGCCAGGAUGCGCUCUCCAGCUUUCUCAAGAGUGGAGAGAAUUUGCAGGUCAAAGGCCUGUCUAUGGAGAUGUCUCCGGACGCCUGGGUGAAGCAGCAAACCCAGCAGGGUUCCGGAGACCGCCAUCAGACUCGCAUUAAGACCAGCCCGGUGUCAGGGUCAGGGAACUGCGAGGCGCAGGAGUCAGCCACUCCGUCUUCGCAUACCGCCACGUUCGCUCCGAUCAUGCCACAGUAUGGGAUGCCGAUACACGGUAGCGGCAGCAUGGGGCGGUAUGCCCCGCCAGCUCACUUGCCUCUGCACUCCGGCUCACACCGCAGACCGGCUCCACCCAAGCCGUCUCCGUCUCCGAGCCCACACGCUAGGAAUUACAGGCAAAGCUCAUCUUCAUCUCACUGCGGCAGCGUGGCCGACGAGCCGGACACUCGCUCCUCCCCGGGCGCCGGCACUCGGUAUGAAGAGAACCCACCAGACUGCACAUCGACCCUCGGCAACCCAAUCAAGAACAACGGAUAUGAACGCAGCGCUUCGGCUAACGACGAAAUGGGUGAACGACUGCCCAACGACCAAGGCGCUGAAGUUUCGGCAUCGGUUCCAGACUUACGGAUAAAGAGUGAGAACGACUACCAGCCCCCCGGAUAUAACAACUCCCCGCCGCCGGCGACGUCACUGCCCAACGCUAACUACCACGACAAGCCGAUAGAGACAUCCCCUGUGCCGCCUAAACCAAGCCCCGAUAUCUGGCCCACUAAACUGAUCACAAGCAAAUCUGGAGGAAUCGCUACUGCUGACGGUAAGAAGCUGAAGUGCCCGUACUGCGAGCGGCUGUACGGGUACGAGACCAACCUGCGCGCGCACAUCCGGCAGCGGCACCAGGGCAUCCGCGUGCCGUGCCCGCACUGCUCGCGCACGUUCACGCGCAACAACACGGUGCGGCGCCACAUCGCGCGCGAGCACCGCCACCAGGUCACGCCGCACCUGCCCAGCGCGCCCGCGCACGCCGCGCACGCGCCGCACUCGCUCCACAACCACUCGCAGUAAGCAUCCAAGCGUUUCUUCUCGAUCUUAUUUCAACCGAACUACCUCUGCUCCGUCGGACCGGCCGCGAGCCGCGUCUCGAACUGUGUUUAACACGCGUACAAUAAUAUACCUCGUUGAUGCAUAUUAUGUAAUCAGUAUCUACCUCAGAAUUUGAUCUUAAGAUUUUUUAAGGUUUUGAAAUUGUGCGAUAAUUGUUACUUAAUUUAAUAAUCAUGUGUGACUUGAAUGGUUGCUCAGUACUCGUCUCUGUCUGGUACCAUGUUUGAAAAAUGUCGUACCUUUUAUUGCACCCUCAUCGCGUUUAAGUAUCUUAAAUAUUUUUUGCAAACUUUUAGUAAUAUGUCCAGUUGACUGUGAGAUGAAGUUACCUUUUAUAGACGAUUUAUUUUGUGCUCUCGGUCGAGUUAUGACAUAGCUUAUAAUAUAAUACCUGAGCUAGGGAAUCUAGAAAUGUUGUUGAGACUGACGGUCAUAGGCUAAGUGUAUGUAAAUAAUAGGAGAAUGUUGUAAACCGCCUUGGCCUAGGUUGAAACACGCCUAUAACGACACUCUGUGGCAAAACUACCUCUGUUGCUAGAUUUUUUAUUUUUAUUUAAUUACACUCACGUUAUGACAAUAGACUAGAUUAUUAUGGUUUUAGUUACGCAUUCAAACAUAUCUGUGAUACAAUAGAAAACAGGCUGUAUAAUUUAUAUUUUUCACAUUUGCCACUCUGUCGGUAAGGUAACAAAAGGGAAAAACGUGCGAAAAUAUACGGAAAGUAGAGUUUCAGCAGUUUUUGACUGUACAGUAAAUGAGGAACGGUUUUAGUUUUGUACAAAGUACAAUUUGCCCUAGAGACAUAAGUAGUUAGGUAAAAACGUGUUAUUAAAAAAAUGGCAUGUGAGGUUCGAUGCAUGAAUGUGUAAGCAAAUCCAUCAUUGUCGUUGGUAACAGGCUCGCCUGGGCGGAUGUUACUAUUGAGACCAAAUAAUUAUAUGUUUCAAUGGGAUGGUGUCGAUUUUAACAUUCCGUUAUAUAAAGAUUUUUUUCGUCUUAGUGCAUUUAUAUGAAGGCCACUUACUAUUUUAUAUUCCUAGUCAUUUCAAGUGCAACCAGUUGAGAUUUUUUAAAGAAAAUAAUUAUUUAAAUGAUAAAUGUUAGGGGCAGUCGUCGGCGCCUGUGUAUUAUAUUUUGUUGAGUCGGCGCCGGCGCUGCCCGCGUGUUAUACUUCAUAUGUAUACAUUCAGCUGCAAUAAAUGGUUUUAGUUACAUAAAACAGAUGGUACAGUGCCAAAUAUCCUCAAUUUUAAGUUCGCAUCGUAUUAUUUAUUUUAUUUUUGUUAAGUGUGAAUGUAGCGACUGUGUGUUAUAUUCCUGAUAUUUAGGAAUAAGUUGCAUUCAUAUUUAUUAUUGUAUUUAUAUUUUAGGAUACACGUCUUAUUGAAAAUAUUUAUGACGAGAAUUAUUUGAAAAGGCUCAGUGACUUUUAUAAACAUUUUAGUUUCUGAUGUUAAGUACCAUUUUCAAGACAGCGUUUUAGUUAUCUUUGAAUGGUUCCUACUUCGUUAUGAAAUACAAAAAUGUUAAGUUCUAUUCAUAUGUUACACCGACAGUUUAUUAAUUCUAUCAAAUGUUUCAAUAUACCUCUUAGAUUAUACGUAUGAGUAAAAUAGUUGUAGUAGUAACACGUGUUAGUAAAUUUUUGAUGUCGUCAAUUGUUGUCCUUUACCUUACACCGUUACAUAUUUUGUGUGUGAUGUAUGAAUAGAAUUUAAACAAUGCGUAGUAUCAAUAGACCGAAUAGAAGCUAUAUACAAUGAAUAUCUGAAUAUUUUUAGAUUCGAUUAGACAGGCUAUUUUAAACUCUACUUGUACACUGUUGUAUAUUGAUAUUUUUAUUGAAACUCUCUUUUUCAUAAAAUAUAAAGAUUCGCCAAAAAAACUUUAAGAGUAAAUCUAUUUUGAUUUCUUACGUAUCAUUCAAAGUUGGGUCGUGGAGAGAUAGUUAAAGUGGCAAGAGUUCACAGGCUUCAAUAACUAAACAAAAGAUUUAUGAAAGGUUUCUUGAAACGUAUAUUUUCAUUUGAGUAUGAUAAGUAAAUUGACGUAAUAUUUUCUUAAAAGGGCAAGAAUGAGCGAGUGAAUAGCUGUUACGGUUUCAUAAUAAGAUAAAUGUUUUAUUAAAAACCUAAAAAACUAAAAAAAAACAAUACAGUUUGAGGAAUGGCCCGGGGGAACUAUUGUCGAUUUUUGAGAAUUAUCGCACAGAAAAUUCCUUUUAUUUAAUUUUUCCUGUGACCUCUAGUGGAGUUGUUAGGGUGGUGAUUACCGGAUAGGUUAGGUUGCUCCUGUUCGCACUGUGUGCUGCACUCAAGACAAUGAUCGAUGACAUACUUUGCUCUGUCGCGUACAACAUCACGAACGCAGUGCCUUCAGUAAAACUUAGAUGGAAACGGUCCAUAGAACAAUUUGAGGGAACCACAUACUUACAUUUUAUGUUGACCGAAUCCUUUGUAACUAUUGUAUAAAAUUUAUUAUCUUUCAUUUUACUAUCGGCAUUCUUUAUUAAGUGUAUUAUUGUUAAGAAAAUGUUUUUUUUGCUAUUUCAAUCGCAAUUGUUAACAUUUAUGUUUAUUAUUAUUGAUGAGAAAAAAAUAUUGUUCUAUUUUUGUCAUUUCGUUUUUUUUCUCUUAUGAAUUCAAAAUUCAUAGUUGUGAUUUCUUUUGACAUUUAAUGUUUUUUGUGAUACGUAAAAGAGAAUUGCAUUAAUGCAUCACAUUUUUAGCUUUUUUUUCUUAUAAGUAAAAGGAGGGAUUACGAGUAUGUCUAUGGACUAUAGACGGUUGCUGAUGUUAGCGGUGGGCACUAGGGGCUCGUUAUUUUGAAAUCAAUCAAUGGAUUUGCUUCUUUCUAAAUUUAAUAAGGUACAAAACUUAGAUUACAAUAAUACAUUUCGUCAAUUUUACAACAUUUUUUGUCGAUCAACAAUGUUUGUGACUACAUUACUUUGAUUCAAAUGAUGAUUGUACAAAAUUCAGUAUACAACACCUUUGGGAUAACACGUCUAAAUUAAGUUGUCGCAUUGUUAAAGCUAAUUAGUGGACAAGUUACUAGUGGUCCCUAUUAGUUGUAAUGUUAUAUUUGAUGUGAUAGGAAAAUUCACAUUUAGUCAGUGUUUUGCAAUCCCUCUCCAUUGGACUUGGCCGAUCUCCCUCACACGGUAUGUAACUCUGUUAGGCGGCUCCGGCGACCACCUCGCAGUGGACCCAACAUGCGCCGGCACGCUACUAACUUCUUAUAUAAACACGAUUUGACUUCUUUAUUCAAAUUUAAGUUUAAUAAUGUCGCUAUUAUUUUACUUUUUUUUUGUUGCUGUAAAGCAUUAUUGCUGGAUCAAAACUGCAUUUAAGAUUAAGCACAUCAUUUUGUUCCGUUUUGAGUUUCGAAUGUAAGAUUUAUUUUUAAGAUUUACCUUUCUUUUUUUUUCUUUAUUUGUGUACAUGAAAAUCGCGAGAUGUCGUGAUGGUAAAGCCAAAGAUUGUUACGGGUAUGGUGACCCUCUGCCGUCACACGGCUGUGUAGAGACCUUACAUUCAGGCUGUAUAGCCCCGGGCGGCGCGCCCGCCCUACAUGUUACAAUGUUAUGUAACUUUGAAUGUAAUCUCCUACAUAGCCUUUUAGUUUUAAUGUACGUUUAUCUACCUCGAGGAAUGUAAUUUAGUUCGUAAGUAAGCUUUUAAGUAGAUUUUUAUAUGAAGGAAAAAUAUAAAAUUUUAGAUUUAAGAGUAAUGUGAAAAACUAAAAAAAAAUAUAAAGUACAAAUAAUGCUACCUCAGGAUUCAACUUAGUCAUUUUCAAAUUCUAUAACUGUUCUGCAGAUGUAUUUAAUAAUGUCUAAUGAAUAUUAUAAAUUACUUAUCAGAUUUUCUCUAAGUACUUGUUCUUUGUAAGUGCUGUUAAUAACAUUUUUAAAAUUUAUGAAAAUAGUUUUAAAAAUGUGAGUAAGGAAAGUAUUCAGUUGGCAAGCUGACCAUAAUAGUAUGAAGCACGUUUAUUUGAAUCUCUGCAAGGUAGUGAGUGCUCUCAACUCAGUGUCAUGCUCAAAAGAGGAUAUACAUCGACGUCUGUGUGUUAGCGACUCUGCGAGCUCGAUCCGAGCUGGGUUGACGGUCUAAGUUAGCGAGUAAGUGUUAAUUAGGUUAGUUACAAUAAUCUCAUCGAUGUACCUCAUUCGUAAGCACAAGCGUGGGGGAUCGGCCACGAGUCAAUAGCGACGUAAUCUAAUUGUACCUUCCUUCACUCUCAGGAGUAUAAAUUUUUAUUCGUAAUUUUUAUUAUAAUUAAUUUUUCCCAGUUACUUUUUUGUGUUUCAUAGAUGUUACUAUGUUUUAAGGAGACGAAAGAAAAAAAUGGAGAAAUUAUUGUUUGUUAGGUUUCUGCGAAUUAAAAAAAUGUAACAAAAUUAUU